GGAAAAAUAAUGCUGUUAGUUAGCCGUUAGCCUUUAGCUUAGCUUCAGUGAUGCUACAUUGUCAACUCAAAGAUGGCGAGCGUUGCGCGGCUAAACCGAGACAAAGUUCGUAACUAAGUCGUUAAGCUCGACCGGUUUCAUGUUUCUAGCCGUGGAAGAAGUUUGCGGUUCGGCCCUGGCAUUUCGGGCUCGAUUAGCCUUCUCUCUGUUCGUCGCCAGGUUCUGGGCCUAAGCUAGCUUGACCAGCAGCUAUUAAUCAUUCGCCAUGGAUACGCCUGAAAGCCCCACGCAGUCCCCUCAGUCUCCAGAGGAGGAGAAGGGCCUUUCCGACAGCGAGCUGCUGCGCUCUCCCGACGACGACGAGGCCGGCGGCGUCCUCUCGGACAGCGAGUUGCUCCAGGACGAGGAAAACGGAGGCCUGAUUGACGAGGAGGAGGAUGAGGAAGAAGAAGAGUAUGAAGGGCGAGGAGGAAAAUUGGACCUGGAAGACGAGGUCGUCCCCGACUUCGUCUCUGAUCCAGAGGACGAGGAGCCUGUUGAGGGGUCGAGGAUGGGGCUGGAGGAUGAAACCAUCGUGUUCAUGGACGGUGAUGAAGAUGAUCCACAAGGGCGAAGGUCGGGUGAGGAAGAGGACGGAGUUCUGGACACGCCGCAGUCUCCGGACCUGGAGCCAGACCAGUUCAAGGAGCGUGCCGAGUCUGAGGAGGACGGCGGCGACGAAGGGUAUGGCGACUACAGGGAGGAAGCCUCAGCAGAGCGGGAUGAAGAUAAAACCAAGGCUGAGGAAGAGGAGGAGGAUGAAGAGGAGGAACUGCGAAGAGCUGAAGAGAGGAGAGCGGUUCUGGUGAGGGAGAUGAAGGAGGAUUCGGCCUCCGUUUCCCGGGAGCUGGACGAACACGAACUGGACUACGACGAGGAAGUCCCGGAAGAACCGCUUCCUGCUCAGGAUGAAGAGGAGGAUGAGGAGGACGCAAAGGCGGAGGGAGGAGAGGAGGAUGAGGAGGCGAGCGAAGAGAAGAACAAUAAGAAAAGGGAGAAGAAGCCGAUUCUUCCUCCUUCUCCAGCGGACGGCGAGUCCAAGAGGCCGGAAAGCUCCAAAGGGUCAGAGAGACUCCGGAGAGAUUCGUUCAGAGAUCGGAAGAAAGACGAAGACGAUGGAGAGAUCGACGAAGGAGAGAUCGACGACGAUGACCUGGAAGAAGGAGAGGUCAAAGAUCCGUCUGACAGGAAGAUCAGGCCACGCCCCAUCUGCAGGUUCUUUAUUAAAGGAAACUGUACGUGGGGAAUGAACUGCAGGUUCAUCCACCCAGGAGUCAACGACAAGGGCAACUACUCUCUCAUCACCAAGCCAGACCCUUUCUCUCCGAACGGUGCGCCCCCUGGUGGACCGCUGCCUCUUCUGCCCAACAACCCCUGGGCCGCUCCUGUGGUGGAGGAACUCCCUCCUCCGCCGCCCCCGGUGGAGCCUCCCGUGGAGAGCGCCUGGGAGAGAGGUCUCAGGCACGCCAAAGAGGUGCUGAAGAAGGCCACCAUUAGAAAGGAGCAGGAGCCCGACUUUGAGGAGAAGCGCUUCAACGUGACGAUCGGCGAGGACGAGAGAGAGUUCGACAAAGAGAACGAGUUCUUCAGGGAGCGCAGCUACCGGAUCAUCCGAGAGGAAAUGGACUUCAGAGAACCGGUAUACGGUGAGCCAUAUGUUGAGCCGUACUACGACUACGAAAUGGAGGCCUUGUGGAGGGGGGGGCAGUACGAAAACUUCAGGGUUCAGUACACAGAAGCUCCUCUUCCAUACCACUUCGCCGAGCGUGACCGUGAGCGUGACCUCCGGGAGCGGCACCGAGACCGGGAGCGGGAGAGAGAUCACCGCGAGAGGGAGCGGCGGCAGCAGCGGGAGAGGGAAAGAGAGCGGGAACGCGAGAAGGAGAGGAUUCGACGGAAAGAGGAGUGGGAGAGAGACCGGUUGAAACGCAACGAGAAGGAGAAGCCGAGGAUGCGUCCUCCUCGCGACGCCCGGGAGAAGAAAGAGGAGGACAAACUGAAGCCGCGCUCCCCACUCGGCCCGCCGCCAAACAGGCUGAUGGAGCCUCCCUCCAAGAAGGAGAUGCUUCCCCUCAUGAGGCGGCCAGACGAGUGGAAGGACCCGUGGCGACGGUCCAAAUCUCCCAGGAGACGGGCCGCCAUGGGCUCCCCGCCCCGAGGUCGCCGCCGCCAUCGCCCCUCAGGCUCCUCCGUCUCUCUGUCCAACUCAUCCAGAUCUUCGUCUCGCUCUUCGUCCUACACGGGCUCCGGCUCGUCCCGCUCCCGCAGCCGCUCCUCUUCCUACAGCUCCUACUCCAGCCACUCCUCCCAGCACAGCUCCUUCAGCGGCAGCCGCUCCAGAUCCCGAUCCUUUUCCUCGUCCCCCUCACCGAGCCCAGCUCCACCGAGGAUGGCCAAGAACAAACCGGAGCCUCCGCCUGUGGCUGCUAAGGGCAUGCCACCAAAGCCGGGUGCUGCCCCGCCUCCGCGGAGAGAAAAGCCUCCCCAGAAGAAGGCUCCGACCCCCCCUCAGCCCGGCGGGCCGCCCAGCAGGCCCCCCAAACCGCCAACAGAGGGAGGCAAGCCUCCUGCCAACCCCAGGGAGGCGAGCGGCGCAUCGGAAGGGCCAGGAGACGGGCCGCCUCCUCCACGGGAACCCGGGAGACCCCCGAACCCGAGGGAGGGCAGGCAGAGGGAGCGGCAGCAGCAGCAGCAUCCUCCCCGCAGGAGGAAUGUUAGCGGGAGCGUCAGCGGCAGCAGUUACACGGCUACCAGCUCCAGAUCGUCGUCCAACUCCGUCUCAGGCUCGGCCUCUCGCUCCGGGUCCAGGAAGUCCAGGAAAUCCAGGUCGCUGAGCGUGAGCAGCGUGUCCUCGGUGUCGUCGGCCUCGUCCAGCAGCAGCUCGGUGCGCAGCGCCGACUCGGACGACAUGUACGCCGACCUGGCCAGUCCGGUUUCCUCUGCCAGUUCUCACUCGCCCACGCCAAAUCACCCACGCAGAGAGAGAGGGCCCCCGCGGGACCGGUCCCCACCGGCCCGGGACAAGAUCAGGGAAAGGCCAUCAAAGAAAGAUGAACCUUUCCGGGACGAUCGCAGGAAGAUCGACCCGUCUGGCGGUCCGUCCAGAGGGAUGAACGCCAUGCCCAGAUCUGGACCCGGCAACCGGGGCGGCCACCCCCCUCACCCUCGACCCGGCGCCAUGGGCCCCCCGGGGAACUACGGAGGUUCGGGUUCCCACAAAGACAUCAAGCUGACGCUCCUCAACAAGCAGCAGGGAGACCGAGGCGGCAGGAAGCGCUACCUUCCUUCGGACAAGGACCGGCCCGGCUCUCCUGCCAGCAAGAGGAUGGCCAUGUCUCCUCCAGACAGAGGGCGCGAUAAAAGGAACCUCGGCCGACCUCAGAUGUCCCCGCAGAUGGAGCGACCCAGAGGUCAGGGGCCGCGGCUGGGCCCCCCGCAGGGCGACAGGAAACGCCCUCUGUCUCCUCCGCCAAAGUCGUCUGGGAAAGGCCCAGCUGCGCCGUCGAGCAAGCCGCCCGGCCCGGCCCCCGCCGUCGGCGCCGCCGGGUCCGGUCCGGGUCCCGGCAAAGCCAGCAACACGCUGUCGCGCCGCGAGGAGCUGCUGAAGCAGCUGAAGGCCGUGGAGGACGCCAUCGCCCGGAAACGAGCCAAGAUCCCCACCAAAUGAGCGCCGGGGUCAGGCAGGUGGAGUUUUUCCCUUCCCCCGCCCGGACCGCCGCCGGUCGGCGCGGCGGCCCCAGCAGGACGCAGGCGGGGUCGGAGGUUAGGAACGACACGUGGACUCGACUUUGCGAGAGCGGAGGAGAUGAUCGGAAGCAUCUUCCUCACCUGGACUCCUCUCCUCCUCAUCACCAUCGUCCUGUUCCUUCAUUUUUUCCCUUCAGUUUUACCUUCACAUGUUGUACAGAAGCAGCAGCAGCUUGUCAGAUAAUUUCCUGUGUAUGAAUAAAGAUCAUAAGGAUGUGAAGUACUGUUUUUUGUUUUUUUUUAUAAUCUACUUUUGUUUUUGUUUUCUUCUUGGCUCUUAAGUGACGAACCAGUGUUUGAUUUUCUUUGUGUCACGCUUUUCGUUGCAGUCCAGCGGGUGAGACGAGGACGUUUAGAUACGAAACGCCUCGCUUUUGUGACGACAGACUUCUAAAUAAACUAUUUUAAUAAACAGCA